UAUAAAAAAUGAAGUAACUUCAACUUUUACUUUGACCUUUGAAUCGGCUGCUUUUUCCUGGGAAGGUGACUUCUUUUUUCAGAAUGUUUUGAUUUGACUUGUCAGGUGAUAGGUUAUGAAAUUCUGCCACCGGUAUGAUACUUUUCUAACCUAAUCUUUUAAACUUGAAAAAGAAAAUGGCAAGCCCCCAUCCUUUAAGCAUCCAGAUUAGAGUACAUUACCUGAAUGAAAAUGAAAACUUGCAAUCCGUUCUUUUUUCUGUUAGUAAAGGAUCAGUUGUUCAGUUUAAACCAGGGCCUACUCUAUUUGGACAAAGUAUAAAACUCUUUAUAAAUUAUCCUGAAAAUCCAACAGAUGGAUUUAAAAGGCUUGUGUACAGGGAAUUACCUUGGAAAUCUGAUAGUUUAAACAAAGGGGAUGAUACUGCAUUGUACUGCAAUGUUACAUUUGAAAUGUCCGGAAGUUUCCACUAUUUCUUCAUACAGGAAGGCGGGGAUAUUUUGAAACCCUGUGGCUAUGGUUAUAUUUUGGUGGAUCCUGCUCUAACGUUUGGGCCAGAUAAUGAAGUACUAUCUCUUGAUAGUAUUUUAUGUGUAACCUACUUAGCUAAAAGUCUCGGUUCUUUCGAGGAAUGGGAGGGACGUCUUCGGACGGCCAAAGAAGUUGGCUAUAACAUGAUACACUUUACUCCCAUUCAGGAGCUGGGCGCAUCUAAUUCUUCUUAUUCGUUAAGAAAUCAACUGAAGUUAAAUCCUAUUUUUGACUCACCUAAAAAGAAGUGCACUAUUAAUGAUGUUGCUGCACUUGUGGAAAAAAUGAGAAAAGAAUGGAGGGUUAUAGCCAUUACUGAUAUAGUUCUUAAUCACACUGCUAAUGAAAGUGAGUGGCUGCAAGAACACCCUGAAGCAACAUAUAACCUUAUAAACUCUCCACAUUUGAGGCCUGCAUAUCUUUUAGACAGAGUUAUCUAUUAUUUUUCCAUAGAAAUUAGUGAAGGCAAAUGGACUGGAAGUGGCAUCCCUCCAUCUGUUAAUGACGAAUCCCACCUGAAUGCCAUUAGGGAAGCAUUCAAGGGAUAUUUUAAACAUCAAUUGAAACUGCACGAGUUUUACAUGAUGGAUGUUGCUGAAGUCGUGAAAGAGUUUAGAAAGUACUUACAAGAUUCCAAUAGAAAAAUAGAAACUCUCCCAGGAGAAUUGAAAAUCAUUCAGGAUCCAGAAUAUAGAAGAUUCAAAAGCACUGUUGAUGUAAAAUUGGCCUCUUAUAUUUAUGCACCCACACAAAUUACUAAGCCUGAAGAGAUAGAAAGAUGCUGUGAUAGCUUGAGAUGUACUCUAGAAGAGCUUAACAAUGCCAAACGAGCUGAAAUCGAUGGUCACUUUUAUGUUGCUGUUGAAAAUGUCAUUUCUGCAAUUCGCUAUGAGCGAUUAGACUCUAAUGGUCCACAGUAUAAAGAAGUUUCUGCCAAAUAUCCAUUGGCAGCUCCAUAUUUCCUUCAUUAUGGCAAAGACAUAGAUCUCCAAUCAGAUGAAAAGCUUAUGUUUUCUCCUCAAGCGUGCUUUAUUAUGGCUCAUAAUGGAUGGGUUAUGGGUGCAGACCCAUUAAAAAAUUUUGCAGCAGCGGACUGCAAUGUUUACAUAAGGCGUGAGUUAGUAGCCUGGGGAGACAGUGUGAAACUGAGGUAUGGAAAGAAACCAGAAGAUUCGCCUUUCUUGUGGAAAUUCAUGACCGAAUAUGUUCAGCAAUUGUCUCGAGCAUUUUAUGGCCUGCGUUUGGAUAACUGCCACAGUACUCCCAUUCAUGUUGCUGAGUACUUAAUCGAUAAAGCACGAGAAGUCAGAUCUGAUUUAUUUGUUGUUGCUGAAUUAUUUACAUCAAGUGAAGGUAUUGACAACAUAUUUGUCAAUCGACUAGGAAUCACAGCUCUUAUUCGUGAGGCCAUGCAGGCUCCUGACAGCCAUGAACAAGGAAGACUUGUAUAUAGAUACGGUGGGUCUAGUGUCGGAGCUUUCAUGCAUCCUGUUACUCGUCCACUCACAAAAUCAAUUGCUCAUGCUGUUUUCAUGGACAUUACUCAUGACAAUAUGUGUCCCAUGCAAACGCGAUCAGUUUAUGAUUAUUUUCCUACUGCUUCAAUGGUGGCUAUGGCUUGUUGUUCCACUGGAAGUAGUUGGGGAUAUGAUGAAUUAGUUCCUCAUCAUAUACAUGUAGUUUCAGAGACCAGACUGUUCACUUCUUGGACUGAUGAUCCUGAACCUAAACGAGGCUUUAUUAAUGCCAAAAGUGGUAUCCUUGCUGGUAAAAGAGCUCUUAACAAGUUACAUUCAGAACUGGGAUCUUCUGGAUUUUCACAGGUAUUUGUUGAUCAACGUGACGAACACACUGUUGCAAUUACCAGACAUUGCCCUGCUACUCAUCAGUCUGUGAUAAUGGUUGCUCGAACUGCCUUUAGCAUGCCCUCAAAGCCAACUGAAUCUACGUAUGCUCGUCCUUUAAGAGUACAAGGUGUGAUUGAAGAAAUAAUCUUAGAAGGUUCGCUUGUUCCUGUCAAUCAUUCAGGAGUAAGUAUUGGACCUAACUUCAAGAAGGAUGACGUUUUCAUCAAUGGUCUGACUGAUUUUGAAUUGAAAUUAAAAGAAAAUAUUCCAAUAUAUGAGAGUGAAAUGGUCGAAAGUGCUGGUGCAACUGAGGAUGGAUACCACGAGGUUGAUUUUAUACAUUUUCCUCCAGGCUCAGUUAUUGUCUUUAGGGUCUCACUUGAUAGUGAAUCUAGAGCAGCCAUUUUAAAAAUCAGAUCUUGUGCUUCACAAUUCGGAUAUAGAAUGAGAACUUAUAGUGGAAACAUAUUGAAACGUGGGACUCAAGAUUUUGAAUCUAUUUUAUCACACCUCACUUUAUCUGAUCUGAAUAGAAUUCUCUUUCGCUGUGAUGCAGAAGAAAGGGAUGAAGGAAAAGGAAGGAAUGCCUAUAAUCUACCAGGCUAUGGAGAUUUAGUUUAUUGUGGCCUUCAAGGUGUUAUGAGUGAACUUAUGAAUAUUCAUUUAGAGGAUGAUCUUGGCCAUCCUCUGUGUGAUAACCUACGCCAAGGAAAUUGGCUGCCAGAAUAUAUUGUAGCUCGAUUAAUUGAUCAUCCCUCUACUGAAAAUCUUGGAAAGUGGUUUCAAGUUGCAUUCGACAGUUUGCGUAAGCUACCACGUUACCUCAUUCCUUGCUACUUUGAUACAAUUAUCACAGGAGCUUACAGUAGUCUAAUUGCUUCACUUUGGCGAAAAAUGUCAGAGUUUGUAUCUGAUGGUUCAACAUUUGUUAAAGCUCUUUCUUUGGGCUCAGUUAUCCUCUGUGGAAUUGUAAGAAGUGCACCUCUGCCACUCCUCUCUCCAUUCCUUGAAAAUCCUCCCCCUGAAGAAAAAGACGUCUCAGGAAAAAUUAUUCAAAAUUGUGCCACUAUAUCUGCAGGUUUGCCACAUUUUUCUAUAGGCUAUAUGCGCAACUGGGGCAGAGAUACAUUUAUUUCUCUAAGGGGACUUCUACUUCUAACAGGCAGAUAUGAAGAUGCUAGGUACAUAAUUCUAGCAUUUGGUGGGUGCUUGAGGCAUGGUCUCAUUCCAAAUCUUCUAGAUCGGGGAGAGUGUGCUCGUUUCAACUGCCGAGACUCUGUAUGGUGGUGGUUGCAAUCAAUUCAAGAGUAUGUCAAUAUUGUUCCUGAUGGCCAUAAGAUAUUGAAAGACAAGGUAUCCAGGAUAUUUCCUAAAGAUGAUUCUCCUCCACAACCGCCUGGAAAAUUUGAUCAACCCCUUCAUGAUGUUAUUCAAGAAGCAUUACAGACUCACUUUCAAGGUUUGAAAUUUCGUGAGAGAAAUGCUGGAUAUAGAUUAGACGAACAAAUGUCUGAUGAAGGUUUUAACAAUGAAAUAGGAGUAGAUUUGAAUACUGGAUUUGUAUAUGGGGGUAAUAGCUCAAACUGUGGUACUUGGAUGGAUAAAAUGGGUAGUUCAGAAAAGGCUGGAAACAAAGGCAAACCUGCAACUCCAAGAAAUGGAUCAGCAGUUGAGAUUGUUGGACUUAGCAAGUCAGCUUUAAGGUGGUUAUGGUCAAUGUAUGAAGCUGGACAUUACCCUUACUGCAAAGUUGAACGGACUUCUGUUCCUGAUUCUUCUUACCCUGGAAAAACUAUAACCAUGACUUUUAAGGAAUGGAGUGACUUAAUUAAGAAGAAUUUUGAAGCAUAUUUUUAUGUUGACCUAAACCCAACCCCAGAAGAUUCCAAAUGCAUAAAUAAGCGAGGAAUUUACAAAGAUUCAGUAAAUGCAUUUCCAGAAUGGGCUGAUUUUCAACUGCGUCCAAAUUUUCCUAUUGCAAUGUCUGUGGCACCUGAGUUAUUUACUCCAGAGAAAGCAUGGACUGCACUAACAAAUUGUGAAAAGCAUUUACUCGGACCGCUCGGCAUGAAAACUUUAGAUCCCUCGGAUUGGGCUUAUGAAGGUAAUUAUGACAACAGUGAUGACUCAUGUAAUCAAAAGACUGCCAAAGGAUGGAACUAUCAUCAAGGACCUGAAUGGUUAUGGCCUGUUGGAUACUUCUUACGUGCAAAACUCAUAUUUUCCUCAGCUGUUGGAGGCAAAGAAGAAUUCACAAAAACUGUAGCUCUUGUGAGGAAAACAAUGUCUCGCCACUUCAUUGAAAUACAAAAAUCCAAGUGGCGUGGCUUACCUGAACUAACAAACAAAGAUGGUGCUUAUUGUCCAGGAAGUUGUGUUGUACAAGCUUGGAGCCAUGCAACACUUUUAGAAGUUCUCCAUGAAAUUGAUGCCAUGUGUUCAGAAAAAAUGCCAAACAGUAUUUCUGAUUAAUAUUUUGUUAUUGUGUUCUCAAAAGCAUUUUAUUAAAUACUUGUUUUCUCAAAUGAUGUUAUUUCAAUUCUUUAUAUGUUUUUUUAUGUUCAAAUAUCUACAUCUGUUGUGCAUUGUAAAAUUUUUUAAAUAUUGUUGGUUAAUGUUUGUUUUGUUUGCUUUUGUUCCUAUGUGAAGUUUAUAGUUAGAUCAAAAUGUUAAAGUUUCUAUUCUUUUAUUUGAAUUUCUGCAAAUGGAGUUUUUAAUUAUUUCUUAAAAUUUUUUGUUGCUUGCCAAAUUACACUUCCUGCCUGUUUUUAUUCUCUAUCAGCUGUUUUAAUAACAUGAGUUUAAAAUUUAAGAACGGAUAUAAAUAAACUGAGUUUAAUGUUUUAUAGCUUUUAUGUCUUAGGAUGCUAUGUAAUAAUAUUUUUGUGGUAAAGUAUAUUAAAUAAAAUUAUUCUAUAUCUGUAAA